ACCCAGUCCAGGGAGACGACGAGGAAAUAAGCUGCAACAUUUUACCAGCGCGUUGCCUGGGCAGAGCGCUGGUCAGAGCAUGGAGGAUUCGCAGCUCUGCCUCCACAAUUCUCCUCCGCUUGGAACCGUAAACCCCCGCAUCUACUCCAAAGACGCUUCAGGGUCCGAAGGAUUCUGGAGACCUUGGAUCCCCACCCCAAAAGAUGCCGAAAGAUGGUGUGUGCAAAAUGAUGAGGCGUUGCACAGCCCUUCUGAGGCUACAGAAGACUGUGCAAAGCUUGCACAAUAUACCCACCCAGUCAGGUUAUUCUGGCCCAAAUCAAGGUGUUUUGACUACCUGUAUCAUGAAGCUGAAGCACUUCUGAGGAACUUUCCUGUCCAAGCCACAAUUUUUUUUUAUGACGAAUCAGAGAGUGAGGAAGAUAGCGAUGGGAUGGAGCAUGAGUCUGGAGCAGAAGUGGAUAAUUAACUGCGCUGUCUCCAAAUGACCCUGUUUAUAUUCCUUUAUUUAAUUUUGAUAUCAGUAUGUAAUCAUAAUAUUUUAAGCUAAUUUAUAUGUAAGUUAUUGUGAAA